GAGCUCAACUGCCACAGAUGCUACGACAACGCUCUCAACAACAUAUGCUUCUAUUAUGACUACAACUUCAACCGCUAAAUAUAUUUUAAGCCUGACUGUUAUAGAUGCCACGACCACUCCAAUAUCAUCGAUACCUAUUCCAAUUCCGAAUCCAGCUUUAGCGCAUGCAUAUGCACCUGCGCCAAUCGCAAGCCCAACGACUAGUCCAACGACAAGCCCAGAGACUAGCUCAACAGACUGCAAUCCCAACCAAUGGUGUACACAGACGGAUGCCGCUUCUUUUGGCGCUACCUACAAUUUCUGGAAAUGCACUUGUUGGUGGAGAAUUCGUUGUUGGUGGAGGCAUUAUGCCAACGCUAUCUGUGGGCGGCCUGGUAAACGGUGGUGAUACUGGGUAUAAACUUGGGGCAUCUGCCACUUUGGGCGGAGGAGGCCGUGUUUUACCAUCUGUUGCUUUUGGAGGUGGAUUUGCCGGCGCAAUCAACCAACUGGUGGCCAAUAUUGCUGGCUCAGUUAUGGUGUACGAGGGCGGGUGGCUGAAUGGACUUGUGCCAACAGCAAGUGUCAGCGUGAGUGCUGGAGGCCAGGCCGGAGUAAUGUUGAAAAACGGGCUACAAGCAAUGCUGGGAAUUGGAGGCGAUGCGUUGGGCUCAGUGGAAUAUGGAGGUCACAUUAUUCCUUCCUCAAAACUAAUUGGAAAGUUUAGCGGCGGGUUUGGAUAUGCGAUUAGCA